AUGUUGUCCACCCUGCUUCUAGCCUGUGCCGCCACGGUCACGGCAUACAAUGCAACUGGUCCUUACGGUCUGCACAUUACUGGUAAAGAGGAUUCGUCGAUUGAUGGUUACGCCGGAGCUUGCCAUGCAGGUGCAGCCAUUGAAGGACUCUGCUUCAUUUCUGGUGAAUUGAACGACACAACGACAUAUCAGCAAUUCAACUUCAACUACUCAAGCUAUGACUCCACCACUGGAGAGGUGUAUCCCUAUGGCUGGCUCGAGUGGGAGCUCCCCCUAAGCACCGGCACUGAUGGCGAGAUUACUUCUGUGCCCUCUGCUCUCCAGAUUGAUCUAAACUUGGGAUCCAAUGUCAAUGUGGCCCUCUUCUACCCCGGAUACGACAGCUACACAAGUCUGCAGAAGUCCGAGAAUGGCACCCUUUACAUUCCCGGGGGCGUUGAUGACACUCAAAACACCGACACAUACCCCAACCCCGUCGUCUAUCAGGGCAACCUGACAAACUGGUAUCUGUGCUACCAGUUCACCGGAGGUUACUACUACCAGUCCAUUGCCUGGGUCAACAGCUUGCCGCCCCAGAACCCCACAUGUGCACCUGUGGACUUGACUCUCGAGACCCUUGGCUACUAA